CGCUGUGAAACGCGAAGCUCUGCUCUUUAAAAUGCUAUACUUGCGUUAUUAAACUCAAGUUUUCCCCGUCUGUUCACUAUGGCCAUGGACGGCUAACAUUACUUUCCAAAAGAAGGACUCGUUUAACUUUAUGACAUUAUAAUUUUCAACUCGUAUAUUGUGCUUAUUUGGUACAUAAUUUACAAAGAUUAUCGUGUUGCAUUUAACCCGAUGUUGAGUUGUAAAUUCAGUUCUCACUAACUUUAACCUUGUACGUUGAUUUGAUUGAGAUGUGUUCAACGGGCUGAAAAAAUGAGAGGCAUAUUCAACUGUUGAAGCUCAUCAGUAAGCUGCAGCUUAUUUCUUCAUUAAGUUCAGGAUGGUGUCCACGAGCGCCGCCCGCGUGCAGCAGCUGCACAGCGCACAGCUCCUGCACGGCCCUGCACAGCGUGCCUUGCUGUACGCGCACUCAUUCGCGUAUCCUAAGGGCAAGGAUGUGAUGAGCAUCAUCAACUCCCAGGAGGUGACGUUUCACUUCACGGACUCUGAGCUCGAGCUGCUCAGGCGCUCUCGCUCCCCUAACCUGUUCCCCGUGCCGCUCUUGUGCAAGGUCCUCCGCUUCUGCUGCUUGGACAAAUUAUUGGACAGCUACGACCAGGCCUGGGACGUCAGCAUCCCACCGCCUAAGCCGAGCCUCGAGCACCACGUUGCCGUUAUCCACCAUCACUACGACCGAUUCGAAGCCGGGACGCCCGCCCCGGUGCAGGGUUUGUGCGAUGCCGUCCUCGGCGUGGUCAGGAGUGUGGGAGAACAGCUCGGGGUGGUCAAGUGGAAACAGCAACACGACGCAAUCAAGCAGAGCAUCGAGGAUAUCAUGGAAGAUGUUCAUCCAGGAAUGCAAAUCAGCGAGAGAAUCAUGAGUGCUGCCAAGAUUGAAAGUGAUUUGCGCCUUGAAUCUCUGGUCCGCGCGGUGUCAGUCUACAUGGACAGGAAUCGCAACACUUCGUUGUUGGACGAUUACGACACAACUUCGAUGGAGAACAUGAAGAUGGCUUUAAAAAUAAUUGAUUUCAAAAACAAUUCAGAUGGUGCACCCACUCGAGAAGAGGGUGAGAAGAACGUUCCAGUAGAAGACCUUCUAGAUCUUCUCCAGAAUCGUUGCAGUGAAAGCAUCGAUGGUAAGAAAAUUUGCUGUAUCUCAGGCGAACACGGUAGUGGCAAAACAACUUUAGCUUCCUCCUUCGCCGUGACUUGGGUCAAAGAACCAAACGCUAUUGAACACCUGCGAGAUUUCGACUUUCUUCUGCUUACGUCAGGCAAGGACAUAAAUCAAACGGCUCUCACAAAAUCGUUCGGGAGCACAAAAUCACAGAGAAAUGAUCUGGAUAAUUUUAUCGAUGAGUUUUGGUGCGUUGUCGACGCCUUUUUGCCGCAAUGCUGCGCUAAGUAUGGCGUCAAGAACGUGGGACAAUUGUUGGCAACGAAAAAAGUACUCUUCAUAAUCGAUGAUGCAGAAGACAUGACAGAAGAGAAAGCAAAAGAACUCAUUCUAUUCCUUGGCCAAAUUAAAUUUGAAUCCUCAGUGAUAAUACUUGGCAACCCUGAGAGCGUUGACCGACUAAAAUUAGAUUUCACGAGUUAUUCUUCUGUCCAGCAUCUUCAUCUGCGAGGAGUUUCAAUGGAAUAUUUACAAGAACUGGGUGUUAAAUUUAAGGAGCCAAAUAAGAGUGGAAAAAGGAAAGUACAGAAGACCUUCAGAGAUGCAAUCAAGAGUGACUUGAACAGGCUUCGCCAAGUCCUCGAGUACCCGGAAUUGGCAAAGGAAACAGUCGCACUUUUUAAUAAGCGAGCAGCAAUCGUUAAAGAAUGUUUUACAGCAUCGGAACUUCUUUGGAGUAUUUUCUUUUUCAAAACUGGACUCGCGCUAGGAGUUGAUCUUGAUAAAGACAUUCGACGUCGUAAAAAAUGGUUCAGGUGGAUGAUGGUCGUCGGGGAAAACUGUCUUCAUUGCUUGAAAAGAAACGCGAGAUUGAACGAAGCCUCACUGGAGGAAAUCAAAGAAGAAUCGAAUAAAAUUUUUGGAUCAGAAGAAUCAGAAAAACUUAUGGCAAUGUUCUUCAAAAGUCGCCUUGUUUUUUCCGCAGACAGUUUUCAUUCUAUUCCAACUUCGACGAGUAAAUGUCAGCUAUUAUACUUGGCAACUUUCUUUGCAGCUAACAGGCUGAAAUCGGAAGAACCAAUUGCCAUAGGGAGCUUUCUACCAAAAAUUGAACCAGAAGAAAUGGUCGUUAUGAUGGCGGGCCAUGUCAAGCGCUGGGAUAAACUAGACGACACUCAUGAAGGAGGCGAAACAAUAUCCCCUGAAACUAUGAAAACUGUCAUUGAAACGUUAGUCAAUUACGCUACUGGAAAAGCUGAGGACGUCACGUUCCUCUUCAAAUUGGCCACCGAAUUCCAUUGCUCUCAUAAACUUGUUCAGUACAUGGUGAACGUAACCGAGUAUCCCGAAGAAUGGGAUUUAAAGCUUUGUUUCAUCUACCAACGGACACUGGAAGUGAUGCUUCAGCAUGUCGCUCCCGUCCGCAUCAUCCUACGAACCGAUGAAUUAUUGCAGAAUUAUGAACAACAUUCAGUACUGAAGUUCCUUAGCCAAGUUCCGAUUUCCGUGUGGUUCGAAAGCAAGCAACAAUUUGCGUACGACAGCAAUAAAAAAAUGGACGCAAUGAUAAGACCGUUUUUGAAUAAGGAAGUGCGUUCUAGAGUAGAUUUACUCUCUGGUGCCCUCACCGCCGUGACUACACUGGAUUUGGCUGACUACAAGUCCAUGAGCUACUUAGUGAUGCUCGCCCUUAAGGUCACAGACGUAGAGGGCCUCACAGCUGCUCUCACUCUGCCAACUCACCUUCGGCAACUCCUUUGGUUUGAGUUGAAAAUCGACAUGAAAAUUGAGGAUAUAGUGUUGACCGCACUGCCCAAAAUGCACGUGGAAAUGUUCGACGUAUAUCUUAGGGACUUGGACGACUACAGCAUUCCACAAAUAACAGGACUUCUAAUCAAAUUGCACAAGCGCUACAGUGGCAUUCACCUCGACAGCACAACUCUGUCACCAGAGAGCAUUUACACCUUGUUGAAAGAGCUGAAGAGCAAAGGCAUAGUGCUUUGCGCUUCAGACAAGUCUAUUGACAAAUAUAGAAGAUGGUAUUAUCCUUUGCUCUCCAAUCUUCCCACCGAUCGUUUAUUAGGCGACAAAGAGGUCGAGUCAAUACUAGGCUUCGAUGAUCGCAAGUUCUAUAGUGACCAUAAGAUACAAUCUUCAACCUUCGUGAAGUCGAUUGAUGCAUGGAACUUAACUUCAUACCUAGAAGAGCUAAAAGAAAUCAAGUACUUCCUGUACAAGGCCGACAAUUUGUCGUUUAUUAAAACAUUGGACGGCGAGGUAGAAACAGAACAUCACAGCUCCAUCCAUGUGGACACAACGGGAACAAUCUUGUAAUAUUAUUAUUCAAUGAAACAGAGAUCGUAAACUCGGCUCAGAAACUGAAUCUUGAUCCCAUUCACGUUUUUUAGUUCGUCCCAUGAUAGGAUGUAUCUAUCUUUAAAAUUUUUAAUUUCUUGCUUAAAUAAAAAUGGAAUUAAAAGUUUUUGGCCAUUUUCAUACCAAAGAAACUGCUGACUAAAAAUGAAGCAUUACACGCAAUGAUAGGAACCGAUUAUAUGAUGAAAUUAUGAGCUAACUAGCAAAAUAUCGAGCAUAAUACCAACAUAUGAUCACGAGAGAACAGAACAAAAAUUACGCUUCCUAGCCACAGCAACCUGCUCCGAGAGUGAUGGAAGACCUCAAUUACGAAAAUUUUGAAAUUAAAACUCGUCAAUUGCCUACCAAGAGCAGAAACUUCCAGAAUAACUACACCGCGAAAGCAGAAAAACAUGCUUUUACAUCUCAUAUUGACGAAGGAGAUAUAGAUGAACAACUACGAAAAUACUGUAACGAGGAUCUCUUCGAAGAGACGACGGCAGACAGCGCUAAGUACACUGGAGUGUCGAGUAUCUUGCGUACGGAAUAAAAUUGCAUCACACUUACUGCAGACCUGCGCAGUCUAACACCGUGAACUUUAGAACGCGUCAGGAACAACGCCCCCAGGCAAUGCCUCAUUCAUCGCGUCUUCCUACCAGAUGACGUCAUGAUAAAAGCAGCAAAUAGCGUAGUUGACUCGUUGGUCAUCGCUAAAAACGGUAUAAUAAUGGCCAGAACUACAAUUUUCGAGGUUCCAUUCUCAUAUUCACCACGAAGCUUUGUAUUAAUAUAGUCUAUUAGACCGUUUCUAUUGAAGGCUUGCGACGCGAGUUAUGUAGGGAGAGUCAUAGAGUCAAAAUGCCGCCACCCUCCCUCAUGACGGGAUGGAGGACGAGUAGAGAACCUAACUGAAACCUGAGAAACUGAGCCACGGAGCAUUACACCCAGAGACUAUAAGGUUUAUGUGAAGUUUUGUACAUAAUAUCAAACUAAUAACACGCCUAACAGUUGUACACUUGUCAUGGAUUGGCUGCGAAAGAUUCAUGUAUGCAUUUAUCCGGAAAGGAGCGUUAAUAAUCAUCAAGAGCAAGUUUCCCAUCAAUGGUGAUAAAUGUUCUCAAAUUUCGCACCGGUCACAGUAAACAGUAUUGGUUUCAUUUUUAUUUAAACCCUUUUAUUGUAAAACGGGAUGGUUAGGUUGCAUUUGAUGCGUUAGAAGCAGAUUUCAGAUGUUCAUGUGAAUUAUACGUAUUGAAUUAUACAUCAGCUUCGGUUUACCUUGACAACCUAACUACAAUC